UCAAAGCCAGAAAAUCCUUAAAUUUAAAGACAUACGGUGAUAGAGGAUGGUAAGGAAUCCAUUUAGGACUCCACUGGAGUAGCUCUAAAGGGCGCGAUUAACGGUGGUCUCCUUUUUGAAAAGGGCAGACAGAGCCUCAAAUGGAAGCCGGCAAUUCGACCGUUGCCGCGUCAAGGUUGAAGAGGGAAGAUUGCGAGCGCACCACAAACGACUCUCGCUUCUCCCCUUGGAAGAUACUAGUUGGCCCUUCUGAUUGGAAAGACCAUUCGCUGGGCAAAGAAGGAGCUGAAAGAUACAGAGUUCAUAACCUUCCCGAAAAGGAGAGUCCCGGUGUCUAUGAACUCGGGGUUUCCGGUUGUAGCAGCCAAGGCCAUGAGAUUGGGAAGCAUGACCCAGGCUGCAUAGUCCCGGUGUACCUUGGACAAGCUGAUAAUGUGAGGACUCGACUUCAGCAAUACGGUCGUUCAGGUGCUCAUUUGGGCAAGGAGUUUGAGGACUUACUGUCAAGAGGCAACUCCAUUGCGUAUAGAUGGGCUUCUUUGGAAAACCAAAGCGACGCACUGAAAACAGAAAAUCGGCGGCUUGGUACAUAUAAUUAUGCAUGGAAUAGAAACAAUAAUGGAGCAAGGCGCCCUGAUGAUGUCCAUCAAAAACUCAAGGAGAUAACUUCCAGUCAGAAGAAAGUGGGCAUCAGAAUUGAGUCAAGCAAACCAAUUUCAACGGGUGACAAAUUCGGUGCUUAUGAUGACAAGGAUAUCGACAACUCCCCUUUUCAGGUCUUCAAGCUCAGCAGAGCACAGCCUAGGUUGGUUUCAUAUAGAAGCAUUACUGAGGAGAAUACUGGUAUAAUUUGUGGGGUGGAUGUAGGAGAUGGUUCUGUUUGCAGAACAACACCAGUUCCCGGAAGACAGAGGUGUGCUGAACACAAAGGGAUGAGGAUUAAGGGGUCAACCGGAGUUGGGAUAUCAAACAGCAAUGUCGACUCACAGUGCGGCUUUAUUAGCAACUAUGAUCCAGUAGAGUCUUGCAUAUUCAUCUUGGCUGAUGGAUCAUCUUGUCGAAGGCAUCCUAUUCAAGGGCGGAAAAUGUGUUAUCAGCAUAAAGGGAGAAGAAUUUAGAAACCCUAAACUUGGGGACUUCACAAUCCGUCUGGUUCGCCUAGGCGCUAGGCCCCAGCCCGCUUCCGAUUAGCGCCUAGCGUGUUUAGAACCUUGCUACAGUGGUUGUUUUAUCUUCCUUAAAUUAAUUAUAUAAAGUGGAGAAUGCAGGUUUCAAUUUGUUGUUGCUUGCUAUUUAUGCCUAGGAAAUAAUGUUGCAGCUUUAUCUAUUGGUGCAUGCCCUUUAAUUCAAUGUUG